UUGAUUGGAUUUUUUGACUUUUUAGAAAUAAAAAUGACAGGUUACGAGUCCGUUUUAGAUGUAGGACAAUAUACAUGUUCACUAUGCGGAUACAUCUGUCGGAACACCGUUCAGACGUGCCGUGGAGAAAUAGCCUGUAGCUCUUGCUACAGUGAAGCUUUAAAACGUAACCCUGGCUUGUGUCCAAUUGAUAAUGAAGAAGCAACUGAAAUUUAUAAAGAUAUGGCUUCUGACAAAGAAAUUGGUGAAAUCGAUUGUUAUUGCACCAACAAAAAAAAUAAUUGCAAAUGGAUUGGUCCUAUAAAGUCACUUAAGGACCAUGAGCUUGUUUGUUCAAAACGAUUCGAACAGAUGUGUCCAAUGGAUUGCGGACAAAACAUAAAAUUUUGUGGAUAUCAAAAACAUCUUUUGGUAUGCAGAAAUAUUGAAAAUGAAAAAUAUUGUGCUUUUCCACAACAUCCUGGUUGUGAGCGUGAAUGGAACAAGAUAGAAAAAAAACAGCUGCUAGAGAACACGUGUUACAAUGGUCGAAUGCUUUGGAAGAUUGACAAUCUCGAAUAUAGAAUGAAGCAAGCAGUAGAUGGCAAAGUGACUGCGUUGCACAGCGCUCCAUGUUUCACAAAGAAAUCUGGAUAUAAGUUUUGCACAAGGCUUUAUCUGAAUGGAGAUGGAAUUGGAAGAGAUUCACACGUAUCUCUCUUUUUCGUACUCAUGAGAUCAGAAUACGAUGCUUUGUUGGAAUGGCCAUUCCGUGAAAAGGUUACUUUUCGCUUGUUAAGUGCGAAUGAUGUGAGAGGGUUAGAUAUUAGAGAAACAUUUUUGCCUGAUCGUACUUCAACCAGCUUUCAAAAGCCUGUUCGCGAAAUGAAUGUUGCUGCUGGCUGUCCCACUUUUAUUACAAUUGAUGAGUUAAAAUCUGGAAAAUAUGUUAUAGGCAACAGUAUAUUUAUUGAAACUGUAGUAGGAUAAAAUGCUACGACAGAAGUAAAGUUACAUGCACAUCGCAUGUUGAAAGUAACUUCCUCUAUUCAUAGAUCAUAAACUGCAAUAUAAAAGUAUAUAUUUGUUGCAAGCCAGAUGAGCGUUAUUUUUUUCAAGAAAGAAUAAACUGAAAAGGAACUUUUUUGAGCAUUUAAAAUUCAUGGCAAAAAAACACCCCAAAUCUACUCCACUUUUAUAGUAUUAAAAUGGAAAGGGAAAGAAUUGCCAGGAUAACAAAACGUCUUUUGUAGUUUUUAAAAAUGGUCUGGAAAUAAUUUUUCUGUUGAAUGUUUUGUUUUUACUUUUAUAUGUAUAUAUGUUUAUAGUAAUAUUUACACGGAUGUGUAUGUGUUUACAUCGUACGGCUAAUAAUGUUUAAAAAUAGGCUUGUUGGGGAAAUUUUUUUAUAAAAAAAA